AUGGACCUUAUAUUUCUACAGUGUAUUACACAAAACAAAGAUGGACCUUAUAUUUCUACAGUGUAUUACACAAAACAGAGAGAGAACAGCAGUGAUUUCAGAACAAGUAUUGAACGAAGUGUGCAAUCUGAAGGCAGUAUCGAAGUUUGUGAGACAGUCGAAGAAUUACCAUCUACUAUCAAACGAAUGGACAGUUUGAUGUCACAGGAUUUCUACACAACAUUAUAUACAAGCUGGGAAGGAUCCAAUAGAUUUGCAGAGUUUAGACGUAAAUUUGGGGAAGCACUUAGACACAAGUAUUUCAGUUAUUGUCGUUUUGAUGACACCGUUUUCAUUGGCAUCUUUGUUGUAUAUGGAAUGUUCCUCGUAUGUGCAGGAACAUACAAUUAUUUGUCGUGUAGAUCAGACAUACUAACCAACAUUUACUUUAUCACGGACGGAGUUCUAUCGGUUUUUGUCUUCCCUGUUCUUGUUAUGAGCUGGAAAGUAAGAGUUGGUGGUUGUGUAAAUGAGUCUGCCAAAGUAGGUCCAGGAACAGUAUGGUAUUCUGUUUUAGUGGCGAGGAUCAUGUCUUCUUCAUUAGGUAAGUACAUUGAAACAAAUUAGGCUAACUGGCAUCUCUAAGUUCAGUUAACAAAAAUUCCACAAAUGAAAGUUUUCCAUUAGUUGAUAUAUAUUAUAAAUAAUUUGGUUUUUUUUUUCAGAACUCUCAGUCGGUCAAAUACAGACUCCAAUUGAAAGAAGAACGCCAAGGUAAACACAAAUAUUUGGAGCACGAAAAAACGAAAAACGUCUGAGAUCUUAGCCACAGGGGACUAAAAGAUUAGUGAAAAUGUGUUAAC